UUCGUUGCUCUGCCCUUGCCCUCAGAUCCUUCGCAUCCCGAGCCGCAUCGCUGAAGGAGAAGAGGAGAUCGCAUUCUGAGAGGUUUCUCGAUCUCUCGUUACACUCCGCGAUUCUAAGCUCCUGCGAGAUCGUCUCGUCUCGUCUCGCCUCGGGAAGUUCAUCGAGCUAGGGCUUAGCGUUCCGUGGUCUUUGAGUCGAUCGAGGGAGAAAGAUGAAUCGGGCACUUCCUCUUGGUUUGAUGGCGGUCUUCAUGGCGUUGGCGUUCGGCGUCGCGCUAAUGCCGGCCGUCCAGGCAAAUUCUCCGGCGCCCGCACCCGCGCCGACCAGUGAUGGGGUAUCCGUCGACCAAGGGAUUGCUUACCUGCUGAUGCUGGUGGCGCUGGUGCUCACCUAUCUCAUCCACCCUUUGGACGCCUCAUCAUCCUACAAGCUCUUCUAGAGACGAUGUUCUCUUAGUUUGAUUUUAUCAUUAUUAGUUGUAGUAAACUCUGGAAAUUGUUUUAUUUGGGGAUUUUGUUAGCCGUGUGGCCGUAGUGUGUUGUCCGAUUUGGUUUUCUGUUUGGGUUGUUCUUGUGCUACUCUUGAUUCCUUCUCGUUGUAGGAUCAUAAAAUUAUUCUUUUCA